AUGCAGCGAAAGGCCGGGGCCACCUCGGGCCAGGGACACCUUCAGCCAUCCCCGCGCAGGGCGGUACUGGGCGUGACCGCGCGGCCGGCGCGCGCCGCCGAGCAGGAGGAGGAGGUCGACGUCAUCGUCGUCGGGGCGGGCUUCGGCGGCCUCGCCGCGGCGGGCCUGCUGGCGCGCACGGGGCGGAGCGUGCUGGUCUGCGAGUCGCACUCCGUCCCAGGCGGCGUGGCCCACGCCUUCUCGAGGCAGGGCUACGAGUUCGACAGCGGCCCUAGCCUCCUCUCCGGCGUGUCUUCCCCUCGCACACCGAACCCGUUGCGCCACGUCCUUAACGCCCUCGGCGAGGACUGUGAGUGGGUCACGUAUCCCGGCUGGCGGGUCGUGGGCCCCGACGGGGACUUCGACUUCGAGGUUGGCGACGCCGCGAGCUGGGAGGCCGUGGUGCGCCGCUUUGGCGGCGCGGGCGCGGUGGCCGAGUGGCGGCGGUUGUUGGAGCUCGCGGUGCCGCUCGGAGAGGCGUCGAAGGGAGUGCCCGCUGCCGCUCUGAGGGGCGAUUUCGGGGCCGCCGCCACGCUCGGCAGGUUCCUGGGGCGGCUGCCGCCGCUGCUGCUGAACGGGCUCCAGUUCCAGGCCCCGUUCGCCGACCUCAUGCGGAAGGCGGGCGUGCGGAGCCCGUUCCUGAGGCGCUGGCUGGACUACAUCUGCUUCGUGCUGCAGGCACUGCCGGCGGAGACGCACCCGACGGCGCCCGUGGCGUACAUGCUGUCGGACAUGCACGCGCCUGGCGCCGCGCUGGAUUAUCCUCGGGGGGGCGGCAUGGGCGAGCUCGUCCAGGCGCUGGCCAGGGGCGUCGAGCGCCACGGGGGCCGCAUCCGGUACGGCGUGCACGUGGACGGCAUCGAGCUGAGGUGGCCGGCGCGCGGCUGGCGUGCGCCUGCGCGGCGGUGGCCGCCUCCUCGCGCGGGAGGCUGUGGUGAGCAACGCCAGCGCGUGGGACACCGCGCGGCUGCUGCCAGAGGGCCUGCCCACGGGGGGCGCGCCGGCGGCUGCCGCGGCGGAGCCGUGCGGGUCCUUCAUGCACCUGCACCUCGGGCUGCGGGCCGACGAGGUGCCGAGGGACCUGCCCCUCCACUUCAGCGUCAUCCGCAGCUGGGAGGAGGAGAUAGGCUUGGCGGCGAACUCCGAAUCCUGCUCGUGCCGAUCCAUGAUUCAGGCGCCACCGGCAACGUGGUCAUUAUUAGCGUUCCCAGCGUCGUGAACCCGGCGCUAGCGCCCCCGGGCAGGCACUGCGUGCACGCGUACCUCGCCGCGACCGAGCCCUUCGAACUUUGGGAAGGUCUCCGGCGCGGUACUCCAGAGUACGAGGCGCUCAAGCGGGAUCGGGCCAGGCCGCUCUUCGAGGCCGUCGAGCGCGCGAUCCCGGGCGCCACGGGCGCUAUCGAGCUCGAGCUCGUCGGCUCCCCGCUAACCCACGCGCGCUUCUGCAGGAGGCACAGGGGCACGUACGGCCCCCUGGCCCCGUCCGCCGCCGGCAUGCUGCCUGGGGCGAAGACCAGCAUCGAGGGCCUGCUGUGCUGCGGGGACAGCACGUUCCCCGGCAUUGGGGUCCCCGCCGCGGCGGCGAGCGGCUGCGCGGCCGCCGCGGUGCUGAUGUCCGUCGAGGAGCACCUGGAGGUGUUGGACGCCAUGGACAUUCCCUGA